AUGAUUUUACCACAAAUAAAACAUCAAAUACCAUUUAUUUGUUUUUCAUUCAUUGGUUUCAUAUUAAAUUUUAUUUCAUUAUUUGUAUUCUUAUUUGGUGGUGAUUUAACCAUUCGUUCACGAAGUCAUCAAUCUACACAACAUGGUAAUAUUCUAUUAGAUAAUGAAUAUUCCAAUAUAUCUAAAUGUACAAUUAUACAAUCAACAAGAUCACGACAUCGUAAACGUACACAAAGUUCAUUUAUGAUUAGUUUAAUAUUUUUAUGUGGAUGUGAAGUGAUUUUUAAUUUAGGUGCAUUUAUAUUUAAAUUAAUUCAAGUAUUAUCAUCAUAUUUUAUUCAUCAAAUUCCAAUGGAUAAAUCAAAUCAUAUACCACCUGAUAUGACAUUAAUUAUAUUACCAGUUAUACAAAAUAUUUUAAUGUUUAUUGCUGAAGUAGGUCUAUUUUCUCGUAAUUGGUGUGUAUGUUUAAUUACGGCAGCUCGAGCUGAAGUAGUUAUUUGGCCACUGGGUUCACGUUCAUGGCAAAGAAUUUUAAGAAAUCCACGAAAAUUUAUUCAAAUAUUUAUUCUAUUAUUAUUGAUAUCAAUUAUAAUAGCUGGUUUAAAACAUACAGAUUAUAUUUCAUUAUUAUGUUAUGAUCCAAUUAAUCAUCAAUAUGGGAUGUGGUCACAAGAAUAUAUGUUCACACAUAAAUCAUUCUCACUUUAUAUGAGUUUUAUUGUUUUACCAUAUCGUGCAGUAAUUACUUGGAUUCUUAUCAUAUUAUUUACAAUUAUGAUUAUUAUUAGAUUACGUCCAUGGAGAAAAGAAUCAUCAUUAUUACAAAUAUCUCAAUCAAAAUCAUUAGAUGAUAUACCAAUGACAAAUGAAAAUUCACAACAAGAUGCUAUACGUAAACGUCAAAAAGGUCAAAUGAAAGCGACACGUGUUGUAUUAAUGGUUGCUUUAGCAUUUGGUUUAUUAGAAUGUAUGAAUUUUAUGAUAUCAUUAUGUCAAACAUUUAAUUUACUUGAUAAUAAUCAUUUAAGUCGUUUACUUGAAACAAUUGGCAAUACAUUAAUCACUAUUGAUUCAAUAUGUAAUUUUUUUGUAUUUAUUUCAUUAAUGUCUUAUUUUCGUAUAAUAUUUUUACAGAUAUUCUGUUGUAAAACAUUCAAUAAUCAACAAAAUAUUCCAACCAAUAGUACUUCAUAUACUUCGGUAAAUCAUUCAAUAAUUGGGUCAUAG